UCAGUGUCCGGCCCAGCCGUUGCCAUGGCAGCUCUGCGCACAGAGGUGGCUUUCACCUCUAGCGUGCCGCCCCUGGGAACCAAUUGGUAGACCUCUGAGGCGUUGCCAUGGCCACACUGUCUGUUAGGACCGCAAAUGCGCAAAUGCGCAGAGCCAAGCUGGCUGGCUACACUAAGCUGCCUCUCUGCCUGGGGCUCCGGAGCCGGAGCUUCCUGGCACUAUGCUCCAGAUGAUACUCUAAGAUCUAGUAUUAUUAACACCCAUCAUGAACAGAAAGAAGCUCCAGAAGUUGACGGACACCUUAACUAAAAGUAGCAAGCACUUUGAUAAAUUUGAAGUGAAAUGUCUUAUAACACUUUUCUAUAAUUUGGUGGGAGACAUAUCAGAGAAGCCAGGAGUGGUCACUGGAUUAGAUCGUAAUGUAUUUCGGAACAUCUUGCAUGUGACAUUUGGAAUGACAGAUGACAUGAUUAUGGACAGAGUAUUUCGAGGCUUCGAUAAAGACAAUGAUGGCUGUAUAAGUGUGUCAGAGUGGAUUCAUGGGUUAUCACUGUUUCUUCGAGGGACUUUAGACGAAAAAAUGAAAUAUUGCUUUGAAGUAUUUGAUCUGAAUGGUGAUGGCUUCAUUUCAAAGGAAGAGAUGUUCCACAUGCUGAAGAACAGCCUUCUCAAGCAGCCUUCUGAGGAGGACCCUGAUGAAGGGAUUAAAGAUUUGGUUGAAAUUACACUUAAGAAAAUGGACCAUGACCAUGAUGGGAAGCUGUCUUUUGCAGACUACGAGAAGGCUGUGCGAGAAGAGACUCUCCUGUUGGAAGCCUUUGGGCCAUGCCUGCCUGAUCCAAAGAGCCAGAUGGAAUUUGAAGCCCAAGUAUUCAAAGAUCCACAUGAAUUUAAUGAUAUGUGAAUUCCUAAAUGUAUUGUUGUGAGUAAGUACAAAAGGAGCCACAUUAAGUUCGUCUGUUCUUCUCAGAUCAGAAGAUGCCGUGGUGAGAUUCAGUUUACUUGUACGUAUUUUAGUUCAGGACAUCCUUAAAGAUGGUGGGUUUGGCAAUUGUUAAAGAGAUUUCACCACAUGGACUCUGUUAAGACACACACCUGUCAUAAAUCUCCAGAUUAAUCAAAGCAAUUAACAAAUUAUAUAGUCAACACUUAUGGAUACAAUCUAUAUGUCAGAAAGAGUUUAAUUGUAUAUCAAAAUAUUGUUGAAACUACAGUUUCCUUCAUAGCAAUAUGAUGAAAUAGUACCAAAAAAAUAUUUAAGAACAUGCCAGGUACUGGGGACUACACAGCAAGAUGAAGGAUACUUGGAGAGCAUUUAAUAUGCUUUCUUCUGUUAUGUGCAGCUUUGCUUCAACAGCUCAUAAGCAUUGGAGGGCAAAGAUUUGUCAUGCACACUUUCAUAGCCACCAUAUCAGUUAGCCUUCGGCAUAUAAUUGGCCCUCAAUAAAUAUUUCAGAUUGGACUUAAAGACAGAAAACUGCCACAUAAUUACCCUUUAUCCAUGAGCACAUAGAAGUCGUCUCCAUUUCUUGAGUCCAGCUUUUAGUUAAUCUCUGGAGGCAUGUCUGACCUGUGUAUUGCAGUCAGAUACCAAGGCUGACUUUGCUCUGGCUUCCAGUGUUAUGUUUCUCUCACUUUGCUAUCAUGCAUUCAUCAUCCCCAUAUGUAAUAUAAUGUCAUGGCUCCACAUUGUCUGAUGUCCAGUAUACAACCUAUUAUCAGGGAUCAUGUCACACUGUAUAAUAACGGUGCUGGCCAGUUAUGUCAGCCCAAAGACUCCACCUAGUGCUGUGGGCAUCGUGUGGCAAUGAAAGGGUACCUUCCCCCACUUGAGGUCUCUGUGAACUCUCUUUUACAUCUUUGUACUCACAGGAGAGCAAUUGAGAGGGUUAACUUGUGGUACCUUCACCUGAUGUAUACAAGCUCUAGAGAAUACAUGAAAAAGCAAACCCACUUCCUUGUUACAUAUGCAUUAUUAAGUUUAUGCAAAGUUUACAUUGUAUACAACAAUUGGCUUCUACUAAUACCUGGAAUAGCAAUUCUAUAAAAUAAACUGACUUAUAUAAGGCA